AUGGAGGAUCAAGAGUCCGUCUUGGCUGAUAAGGCUCGCCGAGCCCAGGGAGAAGUAUACCGGCCACCCGGAGCUUCCGCAACUGGCAACCCGCCGCUGGCUGAUGAAUACGGAGAAGAUGGUACUGUCAGUCCGCCACCGGAGUCACAACAGACGAAGCUGCCGCCAUAUUCCAGCCCGCAUACAAGUUAUGUGGACCCACGUAGCAGGACAGUCGUCCCUAAAGGGCCGCAAUACUAUCCCGGCCUACCGAUCUUGGACUAUCGACAGUACUCGCCCCCCAUGUUCGAGUUGUCUGCAGAUACCAACUCGAUUACAAGCAAGGCCACUUACCUUUCCGAAAACGUGAUGGCCUUGUCAACUCUCAUCAAGAACUUAGCCACAGUCCCACCCAAGCCUCAAAUCCUGGUCGUUGGGAACCGAGGCAGGAAGGUCGACUUCAGUAUCAAGUUGAACCUGCUGAGCCUGCUAGUUCCAGACGACGCGAGGAAUCGCCUAGAUUAUCUCCGUAUCAUAAACAAGGACGAGAUGGGCUAUCGGGGUGGCCAGCAACCCGCUUUGAAACCAGAGGUCGAAAACGGUGGACUAGAAGAAUGGUGCAAACGGUUCGUCGAUGACCCGGCAAAUGUGAAAACAUUCACGAUGGAACGGGUUGUUGCGAACAUGGACACCAAUUGGCUGGAAGGUCAGAUUCGGAGCUUGGUGGCGGCUGUUCAGUACAAGGGUCUGGUGACGGUCUCAUUCCCCGUCACCCACUCACGAGUGACCAUCCAGAAUCCAGACAAAGUGAACAAGUUCUUCACCAGCGUCUCUGCCCUGUUCACAGGUAAAAGCAAGUAUGAGGUCGUGAAGGCAGUCUGGCCCUUCGCCACGGCCCAGAAUGGGGAGCCGAACAGACAGUGCCUCGUACAAUCCGAGAAGACGUGGUGGGAGGAAUGGAAGGACCCAAUCAGAUACGCUAUUGCUACGAAGAGGCACGGCUGGGUUACCAACGAAGACAAGCUUGAAUGUAUCAUGGAGUCCAAAGGCAAAGGCCUAGACAUCGUCGACUGGGGCCCGGACUACUAG